UCAUGGCCGUUUGUUUGUGUGUUCUGUCGCAUUGAAUGGGUAAGCCUCUUCUGCGCCACGAGACAAUCAGAACACACAGACGUCAGCAAGCCAUUGACUUCCUCGCGUCAUGUGUCUACCGUUCUGCGUACCGCAUAUUGUGAGCACGGGGCAGAGCUGACGCACAGUCAUACUAUCAUUCUUGCCGUCUGGUCGAAUGAAAUCGACACUGACAGUCAACGGAACGCUUCGGACAAUGAAGCCGCCGCCCCCUUGGGUCUCGUUCAGGCGCUCUAUAUGGUGGGGGCGGCAGUCCAGACUUCCCUCCCCCGCCCAGGCGCGGGGGACCUGGAGAGGGGAAACGUCUGUCACAUUGAAGCUCUCCUUCAGUUCGCUUUCGGUGGGCGUCAUGCGGGCGAUAGUACUGAAGGGCAAAGAUACCAAACAGCAACACAAUGAUGAACAGGAAGGCCAACGGAGUGCUGUUUGGUAUUUCUGCAUUUUACGUGAGGUUGAUGCCUCCGAUCUUUGGCGGGUCCAUGCUGUCGUUAGUCUUGACUUCAGGUGAGGAUGUGGGUGGGAGUGUGGCGGAGAGAUCGACGGUAUCAACGACGAUGGGCUCAUGGGGAAGGCACUGAAUCUGAACUGGCGGGGCUGAAGGAAAGAGACAGACACACGCAUCCAGAAAAGCAGACCACGUGAAUACGACCUCUUCGACUCACUUUCUUUAGUCCCAAUGCCGCACACUUCUUUCAAGAGUCCUUUGACCGUCGACACCCAUUGAGCCACCUCCGUUUGAUUGCUGCCGACCCACGACAUCCUGAAGCGGCUCCAGAGAUCUGUCACGUUGUCAUUAUCAAAGUCACCGACCUGAACAUCAAAUGCACCAGAGAAGCUGGUCUUUGCUGGUAUUCCACUCAUGCGCACCUGCAGCGCUGGGAUGGAGAAGACAGGUUGUAGACGGAAGGUCUUAUUCUUCGUCUCUGGAUCAAUCUCGCUUGAGUUGUAAGUCGCGUUUUUCUUGUACUUGAAGGUCUGGGUCACAUUCAGGUCACAGGCAUCGCUGGCGUUGAUGACCGUGUACUCCAUCUCCCCUAUCAAUGCGCUUGAGGUGAUCAGCGUUUCCAGAAGAAGGACUCCUGUGCGGUUCACGCCUGGCCCCAAAUCCUCAAUCACGGGGGCAAACGUCGUGGUCUUCUCUUUGCCUCGUUGGAGGGCCUCGUCUUCUACUGGGUCGAAGCUCAAGCCGCCGACGAGUGUGCCUGCAUGCACGGCAUACACAUACGCAUCAGCACAGGAAUCCAUGAGAAGCUGUUUCGCGUCCUUGCCUUGUAUGCGCACCCACCUUCGACGAACACCAACGUGCCAUUGCAUUUCUCGGGCCAGACUUGCUCCACCGUGCCUUUGAUGUGCACAUUCACGAAGCCCACCUGCGGCUGAUCGUUGCCCGAAUAAUUGACCGGUGCUAUGCGACCAUCCAAGUUGUCCACAUCAUAGCGAAUCCUCACUUGCACAUCAGCCCACUCUCCCUCGCAGCUGAAGUAAUACGUCGACUGGUUCUUAGGUGCACGAUCGGAAGUGUCAGUAAAUCGGUCCACUUCCAUAUUGAGACACCAUUGGUCGACAGGUGGUGGGUCGGUGCCGUCUUCGAGAGCCGGGCUGUUGGACUGGAUAUCCGUCAUGCGGUAUGUCGACGGCUGGGCUGUGGGCGGGGCGGAGAGAUUAGCAGCAGGGCAUGCCUCAACUGAGACAGAAAACCACAGGGAUGUACACAAGCGGAAGGAUGAGUGACGCGUCUUCUUGCAGCUUACAGCACUCAAAUCCCAUCAUGCAUUUUUGUUCCCAAAUGACUGUGACGUCGUCUUUCGCGACCGUUUUGUUGUCGAGUUUCGCUAUCGUUUCGUUACACAACACUUGCGUCUCAUCACCUUCCCUUCUCACCACUUGAACGGUUGCCACGAUGUUCUGAUUGCCUGUCAAGGCCUUCCCAUCAUGUCGACACGAGAAGUCGGUUAAUUGCGUGAGAUUGGCGAUAACGCACGUGUCCUUUCCAAGAGACCCCGUGUCGGGCGUUGGCGCGAGAGCGAUGGACGUGAUGUCGCCAACGACAUUUGAGUUCAAGAGGCCAAGCUGCUUGAAAAAGUCGAAGUCAAUCUCCGCAAAGCCGGACGGAAACGUCUGCAGCAUUGGUCCGCGACAGUUAGCCAAGACUGCUCGACACGAGCAGACAAGCAGACAAACGGGAGUCAGUGAACAUAUUGAAUGCUUAGUGCUGUCUGGCUUUGCUGCUGCAUGCACCUUUUCUUCUGUCAAUCAGUUCGCCGAGCUUCCCCUUCACCACCAAGUCAAGCGACGUACCCGUCUCGGUAUUGAAGAGCUCGAACGAUCGAAAUGGGGCAGUGGGAUCAGUGCCGGGGGUGCAAAGGACCGACACGGGAAUGGCAAGGUUCUCCAAGUUCUCCAACAAGGGCUUGCCCUUUGCCUCCAACAAGGGCGCGCAAUUGGCUAAAGUGUCGUUGAGCCGCUGCUGCUCCUCGUUGACCUGGAUGAAGGGAAAGUCCCCGGUCAACACGCUGCCGAAUGGCAGGUCUGGCGAUUGUCCGGGUCCGUAGAUGGGAUAGGAAAUCGAUGGAAGGGCCUCGCCGAGGAGCGCUUGUUUGAGGUCUUUGCCCAGACUGAAUCCCGACUCCACUUCACUGGGAGCGACACCACGCGCACUCGCUUCCCAGUAGUCGAUCGCAGUCCUUUUGCAGAUCUUACUGCACUCCCGAAACGCCUCUUGAUUGUCAAGAGCAAAGUGACUGACCUCCAACGGAUUCUGAGGAUAUAAAGAAAGGAAGAAAGAAAGAAAGAAAGAAAGAAAGGAAGAAAGAAAGGAAGAAAGAAAGGAAGAAAGAGACGGACAGAGAGAGAGACAGAGAGAGAGACAGAGAGAGAGACAGAGAGAGAGACAGAGAUGAUGCCUUGGUAUUCUCAAUUGAUGCACGUACUUUUCGGAUGAUUUCGCCCCUCGGGCCUGUCGUAUAGCCCGAUGCGGCCAGCGCAAGGAUGCCCCCAGCAUUCGUCCCCCCUGAAGUCACCGUAAAAAUCCGCUCGUUGAGUAGGACAUCGCACUGCUCAGGCACAUCAUCCGGAAACGUCAUAACACCAAGGCCCGUGUGCGCCGCAGGUGAUAGAAUGACAAGAGUCCGUGCGGUGACUAGGUCGUCCUGUCUCUCGUUGCCGAUGAUGAGAAUCCGCUGAGUCCGAUCGUACUCGAAUUGCUGAGCAAUAAGAGACUCCGACUCGUCCACGUAGCCCGUCAAGGCGACUUCGAUCUGCGCCUCAAUGCCCUCGCACGCCGGAGUGCUGGCAUUCUUCACCACCAUGACUCCUUGGACAACUGCGAGGGCGGGCAGGAGCUCGUUUUCGGUUCGGUUGGAGCAGAGGCCGGUGUCGGGGCAGUCGAAUUGGAGGGUCACGCUGACGCCCUCUGUCGUGUCGCACGAGAGGUCCAAGAAGAAGUCAUCGAACCCACUAUCAUCAUUCUUCUUGCCCUGGAUCCUCAUGCAGCUCGACACACCGGUGCCCACGUUCUUGAUGGUAUCGAGGUAGGCAUUCGAGUGCACGUCUUCAAACAGAUAAGUGCCGGGCACCAGCUGGGCGAACGUCGACUCUUGCGGCACUGGAAACCGCUCGUUCGGCAGCCAACUCUGGUUUCUUGGGUCGGGCCCCAUGUCUUCCCUUCUCUCGACGACAGGCAGGCUGUCCGCACAGUCGAAGGGCACAGCGAAGCGGUUGACGGCAUUGAAGCACGGAUCCAGCUCCGCCGGGAAACACAGCGACGAUGGCUUGCCGCUGACGACACCCUUGGUGAGCCUGACAUCGCCUUGUGCCACCUCGGCCGCCUCACCGAACAGACCUCUGGUGUCUUCGAUGCAGUAGCAGAAGCGCGAGUCGCUGGUCCGCGCACAAAUAGGCUUGUUAGACGGGCAG